AUGCAGCAGGAUACUGAAGGGUGGUGGCUCUUGGUGUCCAUGCUUUUUCUCACCAAGAUGGCCUCGACCAAUGCCCAAUUUUGUCCAUCGUCAGAAGUUAUUUUACCGUGUACUUGUAAUACGGUCGAUGGAGAAAUUCAAGUUUGGUGCACUUUCAGCGGAUUGAAAAAUCUCGUUGGAGCACUUAAAAGUUUAGGAUCGCAUUUACAAUUUUCAAUUGGAGAAAUGAUUUUGGAAAGUAAUAAUUUACCCUCGCUUCCCGGAAAGACUUUCGAAGGAGUUCGUGUAAAUAGAUUAAUGCUCAGAGAUAACGGUUUGGAAAGAGUCACGUCCAACUGGUUGGCAACACUUGAAGAUACUCUAUUAGAACUAUUCGUUGUAGAACCAAGGUUGAGAACAUUACCGGACGAUUCGUUGGAUUAUUUAACUGAAAUUGAAGCAAUCACAUUACAGGGGGGACUCAUGAAAAGAGUUCCUAAAUUAUCUAGUCUUCAUAAACUUCGUUACCUUCAAAUUUAUUCUCCAGUUUUAAGCGAACUCCUUCCGAAUAAUUUUGAAAAUUUGCCAUCGUUAGAACAACUUCACGUGAUCGGAAGUCCGUUGUUGAGCAAACUCGAUUCUAAAAUAAUGAAAAAUUUAAACAAAUUAAGUUUGUUAAACGUGUCAAAUUGUGGAUUGACUUGGAUUCAUCCAAAAGCUUUUCAUAACUUACCUAAUCUGAUAGAAAUUGAUUUAACCAACAAUAGAAUUUUAGAUGGCGGAAUUCUAGGAAGAGCUUGCAGAGAUCUUAUAAGUUUGCAAGUUUUGAACGCACGUAAAAAUUUCAUCGAUCGCUUAUCGGAAAAUACAUUCGUUGAUAUGCCUUCUUUGAGAGAAAUUUAUCUUGCGGAAAAUAUGAUAAACGAAAUACAAAAAGGAGCUUUUAAAAAUACGCCAUCUCUAAAAAUUUUAGACCUGAAUAAAAAUUCUCUGAAAAAAAUUAAUGCUAAUGCUUUUAUAUAUCCAUCGGGAGCAUCUCUAGAAGAGUUAUGGUUGACCGACAAUCAUUUAUACUCCAUCGGAGAUAUAAAAAUGUUGUUUUCUUCUCUUCCUCGACUAAAAUUUUUAGACUUGAGUCGAAAUUCUUUGGAACAAAUACCCUUCGAUUCGUUGAGAGGUCAUCCGACGUUGGAAAAUCUUCGUUUGGAUGAGAAUAAAAUUCAAAAAAUCCCUAGGAAAGCUUUUUCUGGAAUGUCAUCAUUAAGAGAAUUAAGUUUGCGGAACAAUUCAUUGGUUGAUUUUUCUGAAGGUCCUCAUUGGAAUUUGCCAUUUUUAAAAGGUUUAGAUUUAUCCCAAAAUCAAAUAAGAAGAUUAGAUUCUGGUUUAUUGACGUAUUUGCCCUCUUUGAGAAGAUUGGACGUAAGUAGAAAUCUUAUAGAAACGGUCAUGUCCGAUAGUUUUAUGGGAAAUCUCGAACUUGAAACGAUUAAUCUAUCGAGAAAUUACAUUUCAUCAUUUCACGGAUUGACAUUUAAUUAUUUGCCAAAAUUGUACGAAUUAGACGUAAGUUGGAAUCUACUUCGAGAAAUGAUACCCGGUAUUCCGAAAAACAUAGAAUAUUUAAGACUCAAUAAAAAUCAAAUUCUUCAUCUUCCUCCCGAGAUAAAUUUACCGGCUUUAAGAUUGUUGGACCUGAGUGGAAAUUUAUUACGGAUGGUGCAUAAAAAUACUUUUAGGCCUUUGGUAAGGCUUCAGUGGUUAUUCCUCCAUGAUAAUUCACUGGAUGAUAUAGCAGUUGGUGCAAUGAACGGUUUGAACAAAUUAGAAUUAUUAAAUAUUCGAAAUAAUCGUAUUCGAGUGAUUCACGACAGUUGGCUCCAGCAUUCGACGGAUUUAAACGAGAUUAACGCUCAAGGAAAUUUAAUUGAAGGAUUAUCCAAUGAUUUUUUAAAAAAUAAUCCAAACAUAAAAAUAUUACAAUUGUCAAAUAAUAAAAUAACAAACAUAAAACCAUUGGCGUUUUCAAAUUCGAAACAAUUAAUUGAUUUAAAUUUAUCGAACAACAUGUUAAAUCAUUUUCCGGAAGCUUUUCAAAAUUUACACGAGUUAAAAUUAUUAGACAUUAGUUUUAACAAUAUCCGUUCGCUUCAACCGUUCGCACUACAAUCUUUGCCAUCUUUAAAAGAACUUCGAAUGAGCAAUAACAGACUCAAUCAAAUACCGCCGAACACGUUUAAAAAUCUUCUCAAUUUAGAAUUUUUAGAUUUGGAUAACAACGAAGUUGAAACAUUAUCCAGCGGUGCUUUUCAUUCUUUGCCAAGUUUGAUAGCCAUUCGAUUAAGUAAAAAUAAAUUAACUAAAUUACCGGAGGAAACUUUUAUAGAUCUUCCAGAGCUUCAAAGUGCUGAACUUCAAUCGAAUAAAAUAUUCGAAAUACCGGAAAAUUCUUUCGUUAAUGUGCCUCAUUUGAGUUAUUUAAAUUUGAGUUAUAACGAAAUCGUUAGAUUGGAUAAAUCGGGAAUAAAAGAAUUAAAAUCUUUAGAAGUUUUAGAUUUGAGUCAUAAUAAAAUAUCCUGGAUAGAAGGAAGAAGUUUUUACGGAAUGGAAUGGUUGGUAGAAUUAAAAAUGGAUAAUAAUUUGAUUUGUAAUAUUAGAGGAGCUCCUUUCAAUCAUUUAUCCAGGCUAAGAGUUUUAAGUUUAAAAAGUAAUAGAAUGACAAGCGUUACCGAAUACGCUUUUCAAAAAUUAAGAAACAAUGUUGCCUUAUUGGAUAUCGAUGGUAAUCCGUUGUCUUGUUCUUGUAAAAUGUUAUGGCUCAUCAAUUGGCUCGAUGAUGUACAAUCCGAAGGUCCUAAAUGCGCGGAUGGAACGUUAUUUCGCGACGUCAGACUUUCGCGAGAAGAAUGUGGAAAAAGCAGAGUUAUAGAACCCGUCAUUCCAGGAUGCGAAGGUGACACCGUACAAAGUUCGGUCGUCGAAACUGCUCAAUUAUCCGCUUUGACGUCACAUUUAAAAAAUUCCACACAAGGAUUAUUGCCCCACGAAACGGAUUAUUUUUACGACGAAUACAUUGAGUACCAAUACGAAGAAAUAAACGGUACUCAACCGCAAUAUGAAACGUCUUUUGGCACGACAGAAAAUCCAAUCACGGUAACAAAAAAAACAUAUCACAUGACACCAGGCGACACUCCGACUCUUUAUGCUAGUCCUGCAACACAACCAAAAUUCAACUUGACGAAUCCAGGUUUGGGUAUGGACGAUGUGAAAAAAGCCCAACAACAACAACAGUACAGCGGUUUAACAUUUUUUGGUAUUCCCCUACCGAGUCUUUCAUUUGGAAAUUUAUGGAAGGGUAAUUCAGCAAGAAGCGUUGAUCAAACUCAAAAAAAUUCUUUCGUCAUCGGUAAAGUUCAACCAUUACCAAAGAAACCAGAUAUUUCUACAAUUCAACCCGUGAUUAAAUCCCAAACGGAAGUUAAUUUUAUACCAACAGUGCCAGUCAAAACGGACUUUUCGACCGUACUCGAUACGAAUACAAAAAAAACUCAUUCCACGUUAUCGAGUCCGAUACUACAGGGUAUAGUAACUCCUGUGGAAAAACCCAACACUUUAAAAACAACACAAUAUGAAGAUUUCAUAAGCGAUCAAACCGGAAUAAAGUUAACAACAGUUUCGACCGAACCUUACAUAGCUAAAUUACAUUUAAAUACAGAAUUGGUGAGUCCGGUAAGCCGUAAUUCAACCGUCCUAGAAGUGGCAACACUUCCUCCAUGGUCUACCUUAUCCGCGGAAGAACCAAAAUACACAGUGCCUGAUUACGAUUAUGCUCAAUGGAAUCAAAAAAAUAUAUUAUCAACGACAUCAAUUCCGGAAACGACAAAAGAUAUUUUUCACAUAGACGAUAUAAAACCUAAUGAUAUGAAUAAUGAAAAAAACAAUUGGUAUUUUGAAAAUUACAAUAAAACAAAUUUGGAGCCUUACAUAGGAAUAAAUAUAGGUAGUAGCAAUACGAGGAAAAUUCUCAUUUGGAAAAUAUUAUUAUUUAUGUCAUUCCUCCUUGUAAUUCGAUGA